AUGAAGAUUGUGAACCAGCAGUUAUUAAGUUGGGUGACGAUUGUAUCCCGAAGGAUUGCUACCACAAUUGCAUUGCCCUCGGAGCUCAUAGUGGAAACUGCAUCGGAGGGCCGGCAUGCAAUUGUGUUUUCUGUGGACCCAGGCAUGCGCCACCUCUGCUACAAUAGGAUUCUGUUACAUGGGUGCUGCAGCCGCAAUGCUGCUGCUGAUGUUUAG